GCCAAUCCGUUACUAGGACAACGAGAUCUUCACCGUCUCAUAGGCAAAAAUCAAAGCCAAUCAAGAGCCACGCCUUCAUCUUGAGUCAGCACCCAAUUACUGUUCGAAGACCCCGGAGGACGCAGUCGCGAUUGGCCAUCCUCUCGCCCGACCUGGCCACAACAAGUUAGGCUGAGUCGCAGUUAUAUUCACCGGCGGCGGAGCACGCGUGUGUGCGGACGCAGUUGCGUGAGGGGUUUCUGUCGGUCUUACGUACUGUGGAGCAAAGCUUGUUCCUCUCCCACUUAGCCGCGCAGGGGCUUCAGUCUGGCCCUGCACCAGGAGGAGGCUUUCAUUUAGGGAUGGGAGCAGCGCGGUAGUUCAGCAAGUCUUUCGGAUCGCAAACUAAAAGAGCCGCAGCUCGGUUAUACAGGGGAUGGAGAAGGAGCAGCGAGUGCAUGAAUAACUAGCAGUAAUAUAACUAAUGUUCUUCCAAAGUCCUCACUGCCCAGCGCUGAGCUGAGCUACUUGCCGGCUCUCAGUUAAUGCAACGACCCGACACGGUUGAAUUGACCAAAGCGAUGGUUAUGGAGAAGCCUAGUCCCCUGCUGGUCGGGCGGGAAUUUGUGAGACAGUAUUACACACUGUUGAACCAGGCCCCAGACAUGCUCCAUAGAUUUUAUGGAAAAAACUCUUCUUAUGUGCAUGGGGGAUUGGAUUCAAAUGGAAAACCAGCAGAUGCCGUCUACGGACAGAAAGAAAUUCAUAGGAAAGUGAUGUCACAAAACUUCACCAACUGCCACACCAAGAUUCGUCAUGUUGAUGCCCAUGCCACUCUAAAUGAUGGGGUGGUGGUCCAGGUGAGGGGAUUGCUCUCUAACAACAACCAGGCUUUGAGGAGAUUCAUGCAGACAUUUGUCCUUGCUCCUGAGGGUUCUGUUGCAAAUAAAUUUUAUGUUCACAAUGAUAUCUUCAGAUACCAAGAUGAGGUUUUUGGUGGUUUUGUCACUGAGCCUCAGGAGGAAUCUGAGGAAGAAGUAGAGGAACCUGAAGAAAGACAACAGACACCUGAGGUGGUACCUGAUGAUUCUGGAACUUUCUAUGAUCAGAGUGUCAGCAAUGACUUGGAAGAACAUUUAGAGGAGCCUGUUGCUGAACCAGAGCCUGAUCCUGAACCAGAACCAGAACAAGAACCUGUAUCUGAAAUCCAAGAGGAAAAGUCUGAGCCAGUGUUAGAAGAAACUGCCCCUGAGGAUACUCAGAAGAGUUCUUCUCCAGCACCUACAGACAUAGCUCAGACAGUACAGGAAGACUUGAGGACGUUUUCUUGGGCAUCUGUAACCAGUAAAAACCUUCCACCCAGUGGAGCUGUUCCAGUUACUGGGAUACCACCUCAUGUUGUUAAAGUACCGGCUUCACAGCCCCGUCCAGAAUCGAAGCCUGAAUCUCAGAUUCCACCACAGAGGCCUCAAAGGGAUCAAAGAGUGCGAGAACAACGAAUAAAUAUUCCUCCACAGAGGGGACCCAGACCAAUCCGUGAGACUGGCGAGCAAGGUGAUGUUGAACCCCGAAGGAUUGUGAGACAUCCUGAUAGUCACCAGCUCUUCAUUGGCAACCUGCCUCAUGAGGUGGACAAGUCAGAGCUUAAAGAUUUCUUUCAAAAUUAUGGGAAUGUGGUGGAGCUGCGCAUUAACAGUGGUGGGAAAUUACCCAAUUUUGGAUUCGUUGUGUUUGAUGAUUCUGAGCCUGUUCAGAAGGUCCUUAGCAACAGGCCCAUCAUGUUCAGAGGUGAGGUCCGUCUGAAUGUCGAAGAGAAGAAGACUCGAGCUGCCAGGGAAGGGGACCGCCGAGAUAACCGCCUGCGGGGACCUGGAGGCCCUCGAGGUGGGCUUGGUGGUGGAAUGAGAGGCCCUCCCCGUGGAGGCAUGGUGCAGAAACCAGGAUUUGGAGUGGGAAGGGGGAUUGCUCCAAGGCAGUGAUUGUUCUUCAUUGAUCUUCAUGCAGCAGUACAAAUCCUAGUUCCUGCAGAAUGGUGAAUUUCUUCAACCAGCCUUUGGUAUCUUGGAGUAUUACUCUAGUCUGUUAUAAACUGCUUAAGUUUGUACAAUUUUACUUCUUGUGUUACUGGUGUGUGCUCAUCUUUUCCCUUUCCUCUGCUGACUUUUUAGUCCUUCACUUCCAAUUUUGUGGAAUGAUAUUUUAGGAGUAAUGGAUUUUUAAAGAAGAAAGAAAAAAAAAAAAGACAAUUUCCUUGCUUUGCAUAUAGAGACUGGAUUUUUUUAACAGCCAUUUCCCCAAAGGAAUGUGUCGCUUAUUACUGACAUUUGGUAUCUUUCAUUCAUUGGAAUAUUUCUUAUUUUCUACGUGUUUCUAAAAGCCUGUUAGAAAUACAGGAUUUGAUAGAACAUUUUGAAGGCAGAAAAUACCCAAAUUGUUACUUUGAGAGUCAUGACUUCCUUCUGGUGUGGAGAAAUUGCCAUUGGAAAAUUUGACAAGUUUGAUUCUUGCUGGAAUUGUUAAAAACUGAAUAAAAGGUGUUAAUAGACUUCUUCUUUUGAUAUGAUCACAAAACAAUUCUAAAGCCUACUGUUUUUACCAUUGACAUUUAAAUUGUGAGGUAGGUUUUAAAUGUCUGGAAUGCAACUGAUACAUGCUUUUCUUGAACUGUUAGAUUUUUUGAAGUAGUUUUUUCAUGUUUAAUUUGUAUUUGUAAGAAAACAAAAAACAAACAAAAAAAAAUCCCCCCAAUCUGAAUUACAAAAAAACAGAGGAGAACUGUUGUGCCUUCUAUUUAUCUUUGAUUUCAGUUUUGGCAGUUGUUAAAAGUAAAAUAAAAAAAAAAUAGAUUUGUUUUAUCAGGUUCAGAGUAUGUGGGAAAUUGCAGAAUUCCUUUUUUCAUCACCUUGUAUAUCUUCUGUUAACAUUUGUUAUGCCUUAUUCUAAAAUUGAGUCUCAAAACUGGAAUGCCUUUGAGGACAGAUGCUUCUAUAGAAGUCCUUUGACCUAAAUAGUUCAGCAUUUGUAUUAAGUUUUAUUUUUGGUAUAUAAUCAGAUUCCUAAUCAUAGCCCAUAAGAAGGAAUGUGACUUUAAUAUUGGAUUUUGCUGAUGUGCUUGAGUGUCUGCAGCUUUUUUCUUUAAAUCAUAGCCACAUGGUAAAUUUUCUAUUUUGUUAUGGUUUUCUUUUAUUGAUGGGCAUGCAGUGGGUGUUUCUUGGAAAUGGCCAAUUUUUAUUAAAAUAUUUCUGGAAGAAAACUUAA